AUGGCCCGGAAACACAGAGCAGUUGCAAGGGCAGCUGCCGCUUCAAUAGAAUCCACGCCGCAACAGCUAGAAGAGUCUGAUGCCGAGAUGACAGGCAUGACGACACCCCCAAAGGACAGUCGCGGAGACGAGGAGGAAGAGGAAGUGGAAGGAGAGGAAGGAGAAGACGGUGAAGGCGAGGGUGAAGGCGAGGGUGAAGGCGAGGGUGAAGGCGAAGGCGAAGGCGAGGAUGGCGACGAAGAGGACGAGCGAGGGACACCACAGACACCCGCUGCAGACGCAGACCCACGUCUCGCACAUGCGCUCGACAAGGAAGGAAACGUGCUGGGCGUGGUGGACGAUGAAGUCGACCUGCCCGAGGACCCGGAAGGAGAGACCAAAGUCGACAAGCUGGGCAACCUGCUGGGCGGCCGGGAGUACCGCGUCCGCACCUUCAAGGUGCUCGACCGGGGAGAGAGGCAGUACAUGCUCUCGACCGAGCCUGCGCGCUGCAUUGGGUUUCGAGACUCGUACCUCUUCUUCCAGAAGCACAGGCUUCUGUACAAGAUCAUCAUCGACGACGAGGCCAAGCGGGAUUUGAUCGAGAGGGACAUCAUACCGCAUUCGUACAAGGGGCGGGCUAUCGGGAUAGUCACCGCGAGAUCUGUGUUCAGGGAGUUUGGGGCCAGGAUCAUCAUUGGCGGGAGGAAGGUGGUGGAUGACUACCAUGCCCAGGAGGCGAGGGAUAGGGGGGACGUGGAGGGUGAGCUGGCGGUGCCGGAGGACAGGCUGCCUGCCGCCGGGGAGAAGUACAACAAGAACCAGUACGUUGCCUGGCACGGGGCGAGCAGCGUGUAUCACUCCGGCGUCCCGUCCGUCCCCAUGCCGAUUGGCAAGGCGGUCGAGGUCAAGAAGCGCAAGAUCGUGGUUACCGGCGACAACUGGAUGGUCGAGCACGUCCGUGAAGCCAGCCGCUUCAAUUCUGAACUGGCGAGCCUGCGCCGGGAGAACCUGGGCGGUGUCUACGACAUCCACACCAACAUGAUGAUGUAUCCCAAGACGAUGCAGCCGACCCAUGCACGCUGGGAGGCCGUCCGGCCAGAGGAGACAUCCACUCUCUGCCGCCGUAUCGCCGGCGCCACCAUAGACGACAGAGACAGCCAGGACAACGAGGACGAGGACAGCGAAGAGACUACCAUCUUCCCACCGGUCCCAGGCAUCUUCAGCCGCAACUUCCGCAUCCACGACAUCCACUACGAGUCUGCACCCAACUCGUCGCUCAACCUCGUCCCCGGACCGGACGGAGACGACCACGACCUCGGCUCCAACGGCCUGAUCUCUCUCCGGGGAGAGGCAGACGACGAAGCAGACGACGGCGAGGGAGGCACCAGCUUCAAGAUGACGGCCGACGUACUGGCGGAGCUCCCGGAAGACUGUCGACGGGCGUACCUGGAUGCCGCUGCACAGGAGUGGGAGUGGAAGACCAGAUGGAAGGGCGAGGCCGUCGACGGCGCGAGAGCCAACCUCGCCAUGAACUUCACCUGGACUCCGUGA